AUGCUAUCCACUUCCCUGUUUGUCUGUUUCGUUGUGCCGGCCGGCCUGGCCGUCCUGGCAGCCGUCACCUUCCUCUUGCCUCCCCGCAACUUUCCCAAAAAUAUCCCGACCAUUCCUUUCUGGUACACUCUUCUUCCGCUGUUCCGCGACUGCGACCAAGAGACGCUGUAUCGCGAGUAUCUCGAGGAGCCCUUGAAGAAGUACGGCGCCGUCAACAUCUUCUUCGCUUCGCGCUGGAACGUCUUGGUGCAGCGGCCCGAACUGCUCCAGGAAGUGUUCAAGAACGAGGAUCUGUACGCCAAAAGUGGCAACCAAAAAAAGAUCCCGUACAGCGUGAUCGCCGAUUACACUGGCGACAACGUCAUUUCGGCCCAUGGCGCUGACUGGCGGCUGUAUCGAUCCGUGGUUGCUCCUGGCCUGCAGCGAGACUUCGACACUGAGCCGGUGGUCCGGAAUGCGAAUCUGCUGGCCAGCCUCUUCGCUGAGCAGCAAAAGAAGUCUGCUAGGGCUGGCGUGCUUGUGCUCCCGCUUCUGCAGAGGCUAUCUCUGGAGAACGUUGCACAAAGCCUCUUGGGAACCCAUUUCGGAACUCUCGAGAGCCCUCAGGCGCCCAUGCAUCAGAUGCAGAUGACGGUGAAACGGGAGAUUUUCAAGCCUCUAUUCUUGAACUUUCCUUUCCUCGACCGCUUCCCCAUCCCGAGCCGGCAGCGGGCACGUCAGCUGGUUGAUGAGUUCGCCAGCCAACUCUGCACCAAGGUCUUAGAAAGCCACCAACAUGCUCACGACGAGAAGAUGGCCAAUGCAUCUGCUGGUUGCCACCUGGUGCAAGCCUACAAGUCCGAGCUGCUUACCGAGCAACAGUUCCGGCACAAUGUCUCUAUCAUUCUAAUCGCUGGGCACGAGAACCCUCAGCUGCUCUUUCAGUCUUUGCUCUUUCUUCUUGGCCAACACGAGAAGGUGCAGCGGCGCAUCCGAGAGGAAGUAGCUGCGGUCAGAGAGGGUGGGGCCUCUGCUAUUCUGAACAUACCCUAUCUCAUGGCUGUGGUGUAUGAGACACUCCGCAUGUACCCUCCCAUCUCACAGCUCAUCAACCGUUGCACCACAGCACCCACGGUCUUAGGCGGAAACAUCGCGCUGCCAGCCGGUGCGUACGUUGGAUACAACGGGUACUCAACCGGGCACGACAAGGCGUUCUGGGGCGAGGACGCAGACGAGUUCAAGCCGGAGCGGUGGGGCGCGACCAUGGAGGAGAUCAACACGACGUUCCGGACGGCGAACCGCAAGUGCGGCUUCAUCGCAUUCCACGGCGGCAAGCGAGCAUGUCUUGGCCAGAAGUUCGCGAUGUUGGAGGCGCGGCUGACAGUGGCGGUGCUGGUGGAGCGGCUGACUUGGCGGCUGGAUCCCACAUGGCGGAAACGCAUGACUCCGGCGGGCCCACUGAGUCCCAUGCUCCUUCGGCUCUUUUUCGAGGAGAGGUGA